UAAAUCUGUCUACUGUAAGUUACAUUAUAUUUAUGAUAAUAAUAUUAAUAUUGAAGUUUAGCUUUACUGUUACGCUUGAGCAUUUGCAAAUGGCUAAUUUAUUUAAAUGAUAAAUUUUAAGUGAACAAGGUCCAAUGAGUAACAAUUAUAAUUGUUUUAUGAAUAAAGUACAUAAUAAAUUUUUUAUUUUCUAACAAAAACUGAAUUUAAAAUAAACAGUUUUAAAAAAUGAGUGGUGGACGUCAGCGAUCAUCUUUUAAUGUUCAUUCAAAUCAACCUAGUGCAGAUUCAGGAAUUCACGGUCAAGCUUAUUUGCUUGAAACAUUAACUAACUGUACUGAUCCUUUAAAGGCUAUAGAGGAAUUUCAAGUUGAUAAUGGUAUUCAUUUACCUUCACUUCGACAAAUGUUGCCUCUUCUUGACCUUCAUGGGAUUCGCCGUUUAGAUUUCCAUAACUCCAUACUGGAAGCAUUACGUGACAAAUUAGUUGCACAUAUUGAAGAAAUUGGAAAAAAAGAGGGACGUGAUAGAGACCGUAAACUUAAAGAUAUGUUAGCUAAAAGUUUCCCAUCUGUUCAUAUUAAGCAACUUAGACCAAUUAUUAUGGCAAUUUUAAAAAAUAUCUCUCAUAUUGAUGAUAAGUAUUUAAAUGUGUUAGUUAAAGAUACUGAAUUAUAUAAAGAUACAGAUACUGAGGUAAAACGACAAAUUUGGAAAGAUAAUCAAUCAUUGCUGGUUAAUGAAGUUUCUCCAUUACUAACUCAAUAUAUUAGAGAAAAAGAAAAUAUUUUAUUUGAUCACAAUAAUUUGACUAAUUUAUUUUUUACUCCAUCUCCUAAAUUGAGAAGGCAAGGAGAAGUGGUCCAAAAAUUAGCACAUAUGAUUGGUUCUAGUAUUAAAUUAUACGAUAUGGUUUUACAAUUUCUAAGGACAUUAUUUUUGCGUACUCAUAAUGUACAUUACUGUACACUUAGGGCUGAACUUUUGAUGGCCUUGCAUGAUUUAGAAAUUCAAGAUAUUAUUUCUAUUGACCCAUGUCACAAAUUUACCUGGUGUUUAGAUGCUUGCAUUAGGGAACGUAAUGUUGAUGUAAAAAGAUCACGAGAACUUCAAGGAUUUUUAGAUAGUAUCAAACGCGGUCACGAAACUGUUCUAGGUGAUUUAUCUAUGACAUUAUGUGAUCCUUAUGCUAUUAACUUUUUAGCAACUUCAACAAUUAGGAUUCUUCAUCAUUUAAUAAAUAAUGAGAAUUUACCUCGAGAAAAUCAUGUACUUGUGUUACUUUUAAGAAUGUUAUCAUUAGGGCUAAGUGCUUGGGUUAUGAUUGAUACUCAAGACUUUAAAGAACCUAAACUAGAUAGUCAAGUUGUUACAAAAUUUAUGCCUGCAUUAAUGUCAUUGAUGGUAGAUGAUCAGGUUCGAUCACUGAAUACAAAAAUGCCUCUUGAUGAAAGAGAAUCUGCAAUUACAAUUAUUGAACACUCUGGGCCUGUACCAGAUGCUGUGCAAGCAUAUAUUCAAGAAAGUAGUGUUGCUUGUACUGUUGCUAUGUACUAUACCUUACAUGUUGCUAAAGCCAAAGAUAGAUUAGCAUUAAUGAGAAUUUUAGGGUCUUUGGCUAGCUGUGAUCAUGAUCGCGCAUUUGAAGACCCAUUCCUUCAUUUUCUUGUUGCUCUAUUAAUUCAGCAAGUAGAUGAGUUUGCAGCAGAAGACUUUUGUACUGUAAUAUUUGAUGAAUUUUUUUGUACUGGCCUUAAUAGAGAAAAUGUAGUAAGACACGUCUUAAAACUAGUUUGGCAUGUUUAUCCUAAACUACCACCUAGUAGAUUAAAUACAUUGACUAAAGUAUUACAACCAAGUUCUUCUCAUGAUGAAGCUGUACAUAAAUUAUACAAUGAUUUUGUUGAAAAAAUUACAAGUGAUACUGAACCACCUCCUGAGCCUCCUAGUUUUGACUAUUUAGAGUCGCCAUUAAUGAGCGUGCCAACACCAUCACAUUAUUAAUUUUAUAAACAUAAUUCAAUUUGUAAAUAUUAUAUAGUUUUGUACACUUUUAUUUCAUAAACCAUCUCCCAAAAAAUAAAGGAAACAUAAAAUUAUAA